AACAAAGUUAAAUUAGCUGCAAUAAGCUCUUAAUUACUCGUGUCUAAUAUUGUAAUCAGACAAUUUCCAGACAAUACAAGUGCUACGGUUUGGAUUGGAAAUAAAUAAAUGGAAAUAAAGCUACAGAACUACAGCUGAAGCCACAACAAUGAUCAUUUUGCCAAAUAUUACUAUUUGUGUAUUGCUAUGCGGAAAGAUGCUAAAGUAUUUUUAACUCCCGCAUCGUCGUGACAUUACUGAUUAAUUUAAAAAAAGAACUUACUGUAAGACAACAAACGCUGAACAGCGCAUGUACUAAGUAUUUAUAUACCCGCAAUGACACCCGCGGAAAAGGAAAGUCAGACCAAGAGCACAACUGAGAUGUCACACAGCUCGAGCGGAAAUAAUGAUUACAAAGACGAUUUAACAUCCGAAACAUCAUCACUUCACUUAUAUCAUAAUGAAUGGGAUGAACGGCAAUUAGAACCGGUUCAGCCCACAAAAUUUAAUUUUAAAGACUCAGUUCCGCAAAGCUUAGCCACCGGUAUAGUCAAUUUGGUAGUAAUUCAAGCUGGAUUCAAUAUGUCCUAUUCAGCUAUUCUUCUACCACAACUGUUAGAUCCAACGAGCGACAUUCAUGUAACACGAGAUGAAGCAUCUUGGAUAGCCUCGUUGGUAACGAUAUCACUCCCAAUAGGCUCAUUAAUCGUCGGACCGUUAAUUGAUCGAUUCGGUCGUAAGCCAAUUGCAAUAUUAACAACGGUACCAUUUCUAAUUAGUUGGAUAUUAAUUGCUACAUCGAAAAAUGUUGGUACCAUUUACGCGGCCCGUAUAUUAGCUGGCAUGGCUGCAGGACUGACGACAGUAGCUCUAAUUUAUGUGAGUGAAAUAACUCAUCCGAAAAUUCGUCCAGUUUUACUCUGUUUGAAUAGUGUGUACGUUUCGUUGGGGAUUCUGUUGACAUGUGUAUUGGGUAUGUUUUUUGGUUGGCGUGCCAUAGCUGGGAUUUACGCUGCUAUUACGAUUGUCAGUGGUAUGCUGAUGUUUGUUCUGCCGGAAUCACCUCGGUGGCUGUUUAUAUUUCGGCCGAAUAAUUUUGAACGGACAAAUAAGUCAUUACGAUGGAUUUAUCGACGGUAUGAUAUGUACCAACAGGAAUUGGAGCAUGUGUAUCAGCAACCAUUAAUAAAAGAAAAUGCCGUCAAUGCUCCCAGCGAAUCUGCAUGGUACGAAAUUUAUUUGCAACCUCGAGUGUAUAAGCCGCUGAUUAUUUUACUGCUGAUAUUUGUGUUUCAACAAAUGUCGGGAGCGUAUGUCAUCAUAUUUUACGCCGUGAAUAUAUUUCUGGAAAUUGGGGGAAAUUUCGGAGAAGGCCUUAAUGAGUAUGGUGCUCUCGUGCUGUUGGGUUCGGUUAGAUUUAUUAUGUCAAUAGCAACAUCCAUAUUUUCACGUAAAUGCGGCCGAAGACCUUUGCUGUUCAUAUCCGGCAUUGGCAUGUGUAUUUGUACACUAGUUGCUGGUCUGUAUAUGGCAAUUAAGCGAGAACUGGGUAAUAAGUCUAAUGAAGCCGAGGAUAAAGGUGACAAUGAUAUCAUCUUACUGGUCGCCGUUUUGGGCUAUGUCACAUUCAGUGCGCUUGGGUAUUUAGUCAUUCCGUGGACAUUAAUUGGAGAACUGUUCCCCACGGAGGUGAAAGGUAAGCUGGGCGGUUUAAUCAUUGGAGCAAGUUACGUCUUCAUGUUCACAAUCGUCCGAAUCUUUCCGUUUGCCUUGGACUGGCUGGGAAUAGAAGGACUUUUUUUCAUCUUUUCUGCAACAAGUUUGGCUGGUGUCAUUUUCAUUUAUGUUUUUCUGCCGGAAACUGCUGGAAAAUCACUGGACGAAAUUGAACGUUAUUUUGCUCAUGGGCUGUAGGAGGACUACAAAAAUUGAUAUAACCUGUGGAGAUAAUAAAGACAGAUUGAAAAGAAGCA